UGUGGUAGAGAUGGCUGCGGAGCGUCUGCAAUUUCACGAGCUCGGUUUAGACGAUCGUCUGUUAAAGGCGGUCGCAGACCUGGGCUGGUCCCAACCCACCCUGAUCCAGGAAAAGGCCAUCCCGCUGGCUCUGGAGGGGAAGGACCUUCUGGCUCGAGCCCGGACCGGAUCUGGGAAGACUGCGGCUUAUGCUAUCCCCGUCAUACAGCGUAUCCUGUCCUCCAAACAGAGCGUUCGUGAGCAGGCCGUGAGAGCUCUCGUCCUGGUUCCGACCAAAGAGCUGGGCCAGCAGGUCCAGACCAUGAUGAGACAGCUAGCGACGUUUUGCUCCAGAGACGUCCGGGUGGCUGACAUCUCCGGAAAAGCUGAUGUGUCGACGCAGAGGCCCAUCCUGAUGGAGAAGCCUGAUGUGGUGGUCGGUACGCCGUCCCGCAUCCUGGCCCACCUCAACGCUCAGAACCUGGUCCUGCACUCCUCGCUGGAGAUGCUGGUCGUAGAUGAGGCAGACCUGAUCUUCUCUUUCGGCUUCGAAGAUGACCUAAAGAACCUGCUGUGUCAUCUUCCAAAGAUCUACCAGUCAUUCCUGAUGUCGGCAACGUUCUGCGAGGAAGUUCAGGCUUUGAAGGAGCUGCUGCUUCACAACCCGGUGAUUCUGAAGCUCCAGGGCUCUCAGCUGCCGGACGGCACCCAGCUGGACCAGUACAGCAUCACGUGUGAGGAGGAGGACAAGUUCCUGCUCAUUUACACGCUGCUGAAGCUGCAUCUGGUCCGGGGGAAGACACUGGUCUUCGUGGGAGCCGUGGAUCGCAGCUACAGGCUCAAACUGUUCCUGGAACAGUUCGGCAUUCCCGCCUGCGUCCUCAACUCCGAGCUUCCUGUCCAGUCCAGGUGUCACAUGAUCACGCAGUUCAACCAGGGCCUCUACGAUUGCAUCAUUGCCACGGAUGAGCAGAGCCUCGUCGACCCUGCUGGGUCCUCGCAGACCAAAGGAAAAGAGAAGAAGAAGGGCACAGAGAAGGGAGGGAAGGCUAAGGACAAGGAGUACGGCGUCUCCAGAGGCGUGGACUUCCAGAACGUUGCUAAUGUGAUCAACUUUGACUUCCCGACCUCUGUGGAGUCGUACAUCCAUCGAGUGGGACGGACGGCGAGAGCAGACAACUCCGGCACCGCCCUGUCUUUCAUCUCACACACUGAGCAGGAUCUGCUGGCAGAGGUGGAGGAGGCUCUGAGUGGAGAAGACGGCACUUCCACUCUGAAACCGUACGAGUUUAAGAUGGAGGAGAUUGAGGGCUUCAGGUACCGUUGCAGGGACGCAAUGCGAGCAGUGACGAAGCAGGCGGUGAGGGAGGCCAGGCUGAAGGAGAUCAAGCAGGAGCUGCUGAACUCUGAGAAGCUGAAGACGUAUUUCGAAGACAACCCUCGAGACCUGCAGCUGCUGAGACACGACAAAGACCUUCAUCCUGCCGUGGUCAAGCCUCACAUGCGGAAUGUCCCCGACUAUCUGAUUCCCGAGACACUGAAGGGGACAGGGAACCCGCUGUCAAAUAAUCGGAGGAGGAGGAGGCUCAAAUCCAAACCAGACGGAGUCCUGAGGAGCAGCUUCAAGAAGAACAUCCCGGGAAAGAACCCACUGAAGAGCUUUCGGUACAAAAAAGGCCACGCUGGGAAGUCCUAGGUGCUGGAGUCCACCCGGAUGACGACGGCUGGGCUCCAGGAGGCACUACGGGACGGAUACGACCCCGAGGACUGGAUCAUGAAGUUCUAACUCUAGGUGGACCACAGAUGACAUGGAAGGGAUGAUGAACUUGCGUUGAGAGACUGCUGCGGGGACUACGUGUCACACGUCACAAUGUUUGGAGAUGUUUAUUAGAAUUAAAUAAUUCCUAAAAGUCUUGUGAACCAGGAACGUUGACUGGAUGAAACCUGAACAUUUAAAAUGGAAACAUUUAACACCUUUGAUCACCUUCUGAAAACAUUGUUGUCAGUUUUACUGUAUUGUAUCCUUGGUUUUAUGAAAGGCUAUUAGAAAUAAAAUGUAUUAUUAUUAUUA